ACCACCUUUAAUAUUGAAAUUGAAGAAAUGGCUCUUAAGGUAGUCAAACAGAUUGAUAGACAACGAGACAAGUAGACAAAUGGACGAGUAAACGUGUUGACGUAUAAACCGGCAGAGAAAUCGAGUGGAGUUCAUGAGGGCGCGUUUCGGAUCGUAAAGGGCGAAGGGAAUCGAGCAACCGCCCUGGAUACGUUCCUUGUGUGCGUUGAUACUUUGUGUCCGUCAUAAUGCGUGAAAUUGUACAUCGUAACAAGCGAAAUGCCUUAUAACGGUUCAGUUUCAAGUUUACGGAUACGUAAGGUAGGAAACGAGGAAUCGAUUCUGCCGUUCACGGGAUGGAUGAGGACCUGACGAUAAAAUUCAUGGAAGGCCAAAGCGUUGAACCUUUGCACGUUCUGUAACGUAAAUGGAUACUAAUCAUAAAGUGAUAGUGCGAGAAGCGUGCAUGUCCUUGAUAGACAGUGAUAGCUUAUUGAUUAUUAAGCUCGCCAGUCUCACGGUGGCUCUAAAUCUUGUUUUGUGGAAUAUACAAUGGACACGAGCCGGUGUGAUUUCACUAGGAGGCGAGUCACUUGAGCACAAUCCCCACGUGUCUCCGGCAAGUUCAUUUAUGCACUUUCACGGUCCGGUUGAAGGCCCUGAAUAUGAAGUGAAAGUUCCACAUGUUGUUCAUCGCAAUGAGUAUGAUCAUUUGCACGGUCAAGAUCAUGAGAAUCAUGGAUACACGUUCGACUACGUAGCCCAUCCGAAGUAUGAAUUUUCCUACGGUGUGGAGGAUUAUCAUACGGGUGACUUCCACGCACAGAAGGAAUCAAGAGACGGAAGCAAUGUUUCCGGAGAGUACAGCGUGAUGGAGCCUGGUGGUACCAUCAGGAUUGUUAGCUACCAUGCAGACAAAGAUGGAUUCCAUGCAACGGUACGCACUUCCGGUCAUAAUGAUCAUUCCGGUGCUACUUAUGGGGACCAGGGUCAUUUUCAACAAGCCAAAGGUCAUGCUGAACCUCAGGGUCAAGCUGAACAUCAUGAAUUAGGUCUACAGGACGAACACGUUCUACAGGAUUAUCCUGCGGCUUAUCCUGCUGACGGAGGUUACUGAACCGGAAAUCCUGCAUCAUCAGCAGCACCACCUGUCGCUUCGUACCUGCAUUCUGUUAUCUUUUAUACUUUUCACCCAUUCACUUAUUCCUAUCCUUUGAAUCCUCACGAGUGUUCAUCUCCGUUAUACCUUUCCACAAGUACCAAAGCCCCGUUACACAUUGUACUAAUCGUUUAUUAUUGUUUGUAUUGCAUUUGUAAAUAUG